GCGAUGAGAAACGAGAUCACGAAGUUCACGGAAACGACUUUUGGGUGAUGGAAAAUAUAAGGAUAUUUUGGACGCCAUGUUUGAUCGAGUGUUUAUAUAACUUUUAGAAAGUGAUUUUAGAGGCGAUAUUCAAGAAUUUGUAGCCGUUAAUUUGCGAGGAGACCACCGGGUAAUUUAUUGCAUGUGACUUUACGUUUAUCGGCAUUAUUUUUGUAUUUUAUAUGUCUUUUUUAUUGUAAAAGUAUGUGUAAUUUUGUAUUGUUUAGAUUUCGAAACUAUUAAAUGUACGUUGACAUUCGUCGUUGUAAGUUUCUGGAAUGGCGGUUAAAAAGGAAGAACGCGGCUAACAAAACAUUCGAAAUCCGUCUCUGAAGGUACGAAAGCCUAAAUUAUGCCAGAAUUUUGAUGAGUUAGUGUUUAUUAAACGUAGUGAACCGAAUAACGUGUAAAAACAAAGAUGUCCGACGAAAUAGAAAGUGCCAAAAGUCAAAGAACAAGUGCUAAGAGCAAAUUUACUAGGAAGUUAAAGGAAUUUCUAAGAGCUAUUGCUGAAGAUAAGGGACUUGAGAUUGUAGAUAGAACCUAUGUAGAGCUAAAAGAAUCGUGGAAAAAUGUGGAAAGCAAACACGAUAUGUAUGUUGCGCUCAUCGAAGACAAGGACUGCGAGCACGAAGAGACUUGGAUUGAGGAGCUGCAAAGGAGCUUUGGUGAGGCAAUGGAAAAGGAGGUAAGCUAUGUCCAAAGUAAAGCAGCAGCUGGUAAAAAGGCUAUGGAUGAAGAAAGACUUCAAGAGACAACUAAGAAAGACCAGGAAAAAAUGGAAAAGAGGGUUCAGCAGAUGACAAUAAAGAGGAAAACUAGUGAAAUUGUUUUUCAGCAGUUAGUAGAGGAUGUGAAACCAGUAUUGGAAAUGGAUUUUAUUACGGCUGCUCUAAAAAAGGCUCAGGAAGGAUUAGAUGCAGCAGUGGCCGACUGCAAGGAAGCUAAUGAUAAAUACCUUGAACUGCUCGAUAAGGACAAAGCAGAUGCAGAAUUUAAUUGGAUGAAAAAUAUUCAAAAGGAGUAUAAUGCCAUAACAUCAAGAAUUGCAGUCGGUAUCGCGAAGGAACAGGAGAAACUAAAGAAGCUAGAAUCGACAAGUAAAAGUAAGGAAUCGUGUAACCUCAGAUUGGAAAAACUGAAAAUGCCAACAUUUGACGGUGAUAUUAGACAAUAUCCACGCUUUAAGAAAGACUUCGAGCAGCAAGUAUUACCAGGACUGCCUAAAGAGUCUGCACCUUAUGCCUUGAGAUCAUGUCUCGGCAGAGAACCUCUCAGUAUUGUAAGAAGUGUAGAGGACGACAUAGAAGAGAUGUUAAAGCGUUUAGAUGAAAAGUAUGGGGAUCCAGCGAAGAUUGCGGACGUAGUUAUUGAGAGCAUUAAAGAGGUAAAAGUCAUAAAAGAAGGAGAACAUAAGAGAUUUAUCAACUUUGUUAAUAUUGUAGAAGAUGCUUAUCAAGAUUUGCGAAGACUCGGUCUAGAAAAGGAGAUCACUACUACUAGCUCUGUGAGCAUAAUAGAGAAGAAAUUGCCAAACGAUGUGCGAAAGGAGUGGGCCAAACUAGUCAGCUUUGAUACAAGCGAAGUCGACAAGAAAGAUAAAUUUCCAAGCCUCCUGAAAUUUCUGCUUAAUUGUAAGAGAGCAAUUGAGUAUGAUUCCAGCAACUUACGAAGCAAUACUUCAUAUGCUGGAACAGUCAACCUUACUGCAAGUGAGAAAUUAGAGGAAGAUGGCCAUGAGGAUGAAAGUAAUACGGAGCAGCAGAAGGAAACCAUUAUCUCACAAAACAAGUGCUUAUUUCAUCCCAAUAGUGAUCAUUGGACAGAUACAUGUAACCUUUACCUUUCCAAGUCGCCUGAAGAGAGAAUUAACCUGCUCAAGAACAAGUCAGCGUGUUGGUCAUGCCUGAGAGUUGGUCAUCGACUAGCGGAAUGCAAGAGAAAGAAAGCCUGCGGCGAAAAUGGAUGCAAAGGAACACAUCACAAAACUAUUCACAUGGAACGAAAGAGUGGCUUUACCGCUGCUUGUGGUGAUAUGACCAACAGUACUUGCCUCUUACAGAUCCAAAGAAUCAAAACCAGCAAAGGGUCGACCAACGUCUUGUGGGACAGUGCAGCAUCUAUUUGUCUUAUUACGUACAGUAAAGCUAAAGAAGAGAAACUGCAUGGCAAACAAGUUCAACUGUCGAUCACCAAGGUUGGAGGAAUGGAUGAGAAGCUUACAUCGCACUUGUACCGGGUCCCUCUGGUAAACCAAUACGGCAAAACUGUGUUUAUCGAAGCUUACGGGAUAGAAAAAAUCACAUCGGACAUCCAAGCUGUCAAUCUUGAUGGUAUUGUUCAUUUGUUCAAAGGAGUUAGUGCCGAAGAAGUCACAAGACCGACUGGACCAGUCGACUUACUGAUUGGCUACGAGUAUGCAGGGUUUCAUCCACAGCUAGAAAGAAGAGACGGACAUCUUCUACUACUACUGAAAAACCAGUUUGGAAAGUGCAUUGGUGGCAAACACCCAAGCAUCAAAGAGUCUCACCCGACCAGUGAGUUGACCAGUGCCCGAGUCAAUCAUAUCAAUGCCAUUAAUGUUGAAGACUUCUACAACAUUGAAGGUCUGGGGGUAGCUUGCUCACCACGCUGUGGAGGUUGUAAAUGUGGAAAGUGUCCAAUUGGAAGCAAUGAUUACACCCUCAAAGAAGAGAGAGAACUGAAGCUGAUCGAAAGCAAACUGACGUUUGACGACGAAGAGAAGAAAUGGACCGCAGAAUACCCGUGGAUAAGAAAUCCGCGAGAAUUACCUGACAACAGAAAGGCAGCAAUGGGAAUGCUAAUCUCAACGGAAAAGAGACUUGCCAAAAAUCCCGAGCAUGCAAAGGUAUACCAAACACAAGUAGAAGAUAUGAUCCACAGGAGUGUUGCAAGAAAGUUAACAAGCAAAGAGUUGGAUGAGUACAGUGGACCAGUUCACUAUAUCUCCCAUCAUGAAGUCUUGAAACCUGAGUCUAAAUCGACGCCAGUUCGAAUCGUAUUCAACAGCAGCGCCAACUAUAUGGGACACACGUUGAACGACUACUGGGCUAAAGGUCCCGAUUUACUCAACAAUUUAUUGGGGGUCCUUGUACGCUUCAGGGAAAACGAAGUUGCGAUGAUGGGAGACAUAAAGAAGAUGUAUCACUCGGUGAACAUUGGAAUUGUAGAGCAACACACACAUCGUUUUCCGUGGCGCGACAUGGAUACCGGCAGACAGCCGGACACGUACAUCAUCCAAACCGUAUCGUUCGGGGACAAGCCAGCAGGAACCAUCGCCACCGUUGCUUUAAGAAAGACAGCAGAUUUAAGUCAAGAAACGUACCCUGAAGCAGCCGAAGUCGUGAAGAACAACAGCUACAUGGACUAGAGAGCGUGAGCAGAGAAGAGAAUGCCUGCCAAAAGACCAAAGAGAUCGAAGCUGUGGUUAAAGCUGGUGGAUUCGAGAUGAAAAGCUGGGUUGUAUCCCGUGAAUCUGGCAACGAUGAAGACAUCCAUUUUGAGCAAAUAGCAGACAAAGAAAAGGUUCUCGGAGUCUCCUGGGACCCAAAGGAGGACUGCUUUCACUUUGAAGUUAAACUUAACUUUUCCCAGAAAAAGAGAAAAGUGCGAACUGGACCAAGCCUUCGAAAAGAACAGAUCCCGAAAGAAAUUCCGAGUAACCUCACUAAACGAAUAAUUCUCUCACAAGUGAACAGUAUUUAUGAUCCCUUGGGAUUGGCCGGACCAUUCACAGUUCGAGCAAAGAUCAUGAUGCGGAAACUUUGGGGAAGUGAGAUGAAACUCGAUUGGGACGACCCUGUUCCUGAAGAAGCCAGACAAGGUUGGAUAGGGUUCUUCAAAGAUCUUUUCCAGAUGGAAGAAGUAAAGUUCAAGAGAUGCAUGAAGCCAAAUGAAGCUGUAGGUGACCCCACUCUAGUCACCUUCAGUGAUGGAUCACAGGACGCAUACGGAGCAUGUUCUUAUGCUAGAUGGGAGUGUAAUGAUGGAAAGUAUCGAAGCAGCCUGGUGGCAUCCAAGAAUCGUCUUUCCCCAGUUAAGAAGAUCUCCAUUGACCGGGUAGAGUUGUGUGCAGCUGUUCUGAAUAAACGGUUGAUAGCGUUCAUCGAGGGGAUUUCAAGAUAUCAGUUCAGCGGCGGGUAUUACCAUAUUGUCGACUCCCAAAUUGUCCGUGCAAUGAUCCAAAAGGAAACUUACGGUUUCAACACUUUCGCAGCUACACGCAUUGGUGAAAUCCAGGAGGGAACUAUUCCUGCUGACUGGUAUUGGAUAAAAGGAGAUUUCAACAUCGCAGACUGGAUCACUCGGGGGAAGAAACCAAGCGAGAUCGGUCCAGACAGUGCAUGGCAGAACGGCCCAGAAUUUCUUGCGAAACCCGUCUCGGAGUGGCCAGUAGAGCAAAGCUUUAAAGGAGAGGAACUUCCCGAGAGAAUCAGAGUAGCAAUGGCAACGAACGCGACAGUGACCAACAUCCCAGCAGCUGCAAUCGACAUCACACGAUAUUCUUCGUAUAACAAGUUGAUGAGAGUUACAGCGAGAGUCAUUGCCACGGCUUCCAAGAAUCCAAAGCCAAGCUUGAAGAACAACGGCAAAACAUUGACACCUACGGACAUCCAAAGGGCUGAAACUUUCUGGAUCAAGAAGGCACAAGAGUCUAUGAAGAAAAAGCUUGACGAAGGAGAAUUUAAAAGACUCUGUCCUAGAACCCGUGAUGAUGGAAUUGUUGUGGUCGGCGGCCGCGCGGAGAAAUGGCUGCAGAUGAGCUACGAUCAGCAAGAAGUUGUUCUGCUCCCACAUGACCACAGACUCUCGCGUCUAUAUGCAGAGCACAUCCAUAAUCAAAGUCACCAAGGAGUUGCAGCAAUUACAAGUAAAGUGCGUUUGAGAUAUUGGAUCCCAAGACUCCAUAAAAUUGUGAAGUCAAUCAAAUUCAACUGCGUGGUGUGCAAGAAGAUGGACAAAGCCCUAUCUGGUCAAAUCAUGGGGAAGUUGCCAGAAGAUCGUCUCAAGCCCGCACCACCAUGGUCCUCCACCGCGAUAGAUCUGUUUGGACCUUUUAAGAUUCGAGACGAGGUAAAGAAGAGAACCAUCGGGAAAGCCUUUGGAGUGCUAUUCAAUUGUCUGGCAACGCGAGCUGUUCAUGUCGACCUGUCACCAGAUUAUAGCGCUGAAAAGUUCCUUAUGGUUUUAAGAAGAUUUGUAUCACUGAGAGGCUAUCCUAGGAAAAUUCGAUCGGACAAUGGGACGCAACUAACAGCUGCCAACGAAGAACUCCAGACGGUGACGCGAGCGUGGAAUUGGGAAGAAUUGAAAGAGUUCGGGGUAACCGAAGGAAUGACAUGGGAAUUCACAUCGGCCGACGCACCAUGGCAAAACGGGUGCUCAGAAGCGUUGAUAAAGUCAAUCAAGAAAGCUCUUAUGGUGGCAAUUGGAGACAACAUCCUGACAUUCUCCGAGCUGCAAACGGUGUGCUUCGAAGCGGCCAACCUGGUAAAUGAGAGACCGAUUGGAAGAAACCCGACAUCGCCGGACGACGGAACGUACCUGUGUCCGAAUGAUCUGCUCUUGGGUCGGGCGACAUCCAGGAUACCAAGCGGUCCCUUUCGUGAGACAGCUAACCCGAACCACCGACACGAAUUUGUCCAGAAAAUCAUCGACGCGUUUUGGAAAAAGUGGAUUCGUGAUCAUUUCCCAAGUUUGAUCGUGCAGCAAAAAUGGCAUACAGCCCAACGAGAUCUAAUGAUGGGUGACGUCGUCUUGAUUCAGGACUCAAAUCAAGUAAGAGGCAACUGGAAACUUGGUAGGGUCUCAAAAGUCAAGCCUGGAAACGAUGGAAAGAUUAGGAACGUCGAAGUUCAGUACAAGAAUCCAAAGAGUGGAGAACCCAUCAAUAAAUAUGGUGGUCAAGAUUAUGUCACAGUUGAACGAGCCGUUCACCGAUUAGUGGUAAUUCUGCCUGCUGAUCAUGAUGAUAAGUGA